UGAUACAACCAUGCUGAUCGCUUAGUUGUUUGCAUUCGGAACUGGGGAAGAUAGCUUCUCGUAGAUUCACUAUACUAAUCGUUUCCGACAUGUCCGACAAAAUCUUAUCAGCUGCAGGGGAAUGCAGUUUUCCAGAGGGUAGUCUGCCGUCCUGGGAAGAGCACAAUGCAGUCCCCACAUCACACGUCUGGCCUGCUCAAUCUCGCCCCUCUGUGAAGCACGAUGAGUACUCGAAUGCCGACAUUCCAAUGAUUGAUUUGGCGUGCUGUGAUGUCGGCGACAGAGCCGCAAAGCAGAAAGCAGUCGCACAAAUGCGAGAAGCCUGUCUUAAGUGGGGAUUCUUCCAGAUGAAGAAUCACGGCUUCCCUCUGAAUCUGAUCGAACGUGUUCGUACCCAGGCUUUCAAGUUCUUCAAUCUUCCAAUGGAAAUGAAGAAAAGUGUUCAGAAAGCUCCUGGCACGUUCACUGGCUUCGGGCAUGUUACUGUCAAAGCGGGUGAUGUACAACCCUGGGCUGAGGGAUUCUACCUAAACGACUUCAGCGAGGUCGACCAACUGUCGCGCACCAUGUGGCCCGAGAAAUACAACAGAGAAUUCACUGCUGCGUACAGAGACUACGACGAAGAGAUCCAGGUGCUGUGCAAGAGACUCCUGGACUUGAUCAUUGAAGGUCUGCAUGUGACUGAUAGAACACACUUCGAAAAUCCUGCACUUGGGUUCCGUUGGAGGACUUCAAAUUCAGAAAGACGGCGCCUGGUAGCAGUGAAGCCUCGGAACGAUACAUUUGCCGUCAACAUAGGUGACAUGCUUCAGGUAUUAACCAACGGGCUGUACACGAGUGUGCCACACCGAGCCGUUGUAAACAGAGCUGAUGCUCGUCUUUCACUGGCUUAUCUGUUUCUGCCUCCUCAAGAUGUUGAGGUCGUGGCCGCUUCAGAUCUUGUGGAGGAUGAGCCGUUGUAUAUACCGUUCAAAUUGGAAUACUAUUCUCAAGUGAAACAGAUUCACUUUUUAAAUACACUAGACCAUUUUAUUCGCAGGGGCUUGUUACCCAUGCCCAAGUCCACACGCGCAGAAAACUGCUAGAUUUGUGUUGGAGUUUGAGAUUCAGCGUUUGGAGCUGCUAUGGCAGAACUGUAAUGAUCAAGAGCACUUGAAGUUUAUCAAUAGUGACCAUGAAAAUCGUCCUAAAAAUGCCAUUUACGUACAUAUUUACGUUUGCUUACGUCAUUUGCUUACAUAGUUACGUUUACUGCUUAGAUAGUUUACACAAUUUUUGCGAAAAUACAAUCAGCAAAAUUAUAAAGCGUAGGUUGUUUAAAAUGCUGGGCCUCUAAGACUUAGCUGAGUAGAUUUAGUUUCACAUACCAGUAAGACAUAGAAUUAAAGUUGCUAACCAUGCACAAGCGCCCCUGAUGAUGUUUUGUAGUCUCUCUCGGAGUACAACAACGCCAGAGAUACUCAAA